UGUGUGUGAUCUGGGUGGAUUCAUCAAUGUGCCGGUGACUGAGGGAAUGGUGCAUCACUCUGUGUUUCUUUCUCUGUCUCGCUCUCUGUCUGUGUCUCUCUGUGUAGACGGAUGUGAAGCAUCUUCGUCAUCUGUAGCGUGUUUCUGAGUGUGUCUACCAGCAUCAGCAGUGUGUUUUUGUGUGUGUAGUUUGGAUGAGCUGGCCUGUCUGUGGGACUGUCGCUCUCUCAGUGAAUUGAGCAUUGAUGGGAAUCCUGUAGCACUGGAGUCAUGCUACAGACCGACUGUGCUGCGCUGCUGCUCGCCACACCUACAGCUGCUCGACAUGAAGCGCGUUACCGUGAGUCUGACGGAGGAGGAGAGACGCACAGCAAGUAUUUCAGCACGAAAGGAGGAUGAGAAGAAAAAAGAGACUCACAAACAGACUGCACACAAGGAAAGGCGGCGGCUCGCAAUCCAAAAUGCAGCGCAGCAGUGGGAGGGGCUUAAAGCAUGUCUAGAGCUUCCAGCACAGAAUGGUGCAAAGGAAGACAUCAGUCCAGACAAUAGCCCCGCCCACAGCCUCGCCCAGACCAAUGGGAAUGCUCAGGAGACCUCGCCGGACGAGCCCAGACGCUUGAGUCCACUCACAGUUUCAGCUGGAGGGAGUGAAACCAGGUUACGAUUAAACAGUCGACCAAACAGCCCCAGAGACCCCAGGUUACAGGACAGCGGCGGUCCGAGCGUUCAGAGUCUGUCCAUGUCUGACAGUCAUCUGGCUGAGUUGGACGGUGAGACACUGCGUCUGAUUGGCCCCGGGGCCCUGGAGACUCUAGAGCGCUGCUGGAGUGUUCAGACGGCUGCUAGCGUCACCAUCGUCACGUUCCGUUAUAUUCACUUUGACUCCAUCAUCCCAACAUUCCUGCGUAUCCGACUUAGAUUCCCAAACCUGACGCAUCUGAUCUUCAUGGAGACGAACAUCACUCAUCUUCCUCAGCUGGCCGCUCUAGCUCAGAUCAGACGUCUAGAUCAGAUCAGCGUUCUUCCGGAGUGGAACCCUGUGGUGGGACUGAUGCUUUGGAGAUCUUUCCUCAUCUACAGACUUCAACAUCUCAACCUGCAGAAGAUUAACGGCACAGAGGUAACUAUGAAUGACAUCAUGGCGUCAGAGCGGAUGUUUGGCACUUUGGGUUACGUAGCUGCUACAGAAACACCACGCUGUCGUCUACUGCUACUGCUGGAAGAGUCCAGGAAGCGCCAGCUGCAGUUUCUGCUGGAUGGUCGCGGUCGCAGGAGUGGUCAGAGUCCAGAGGAACUGAAGGAGAAUGGCAAACAGCUGGGAGAUGGUUUGAGCCGAGCGCUUUUCAACUACCCCAGCAGAAUCAAUGACAGCACUGAGGAGGACAGCAGUGAUGUGUCGGAUCGCUCUGUGAUGGUGGAUGAGUAUCUAAGGGGUUUAAUUCAGAGAGCAUCCAGUGUCAGUGUGAAGGGAGACACGCUGCAGAAGCUCUGGCCAUCGCUCUUCACUGAGCUGGUGAGAGAUAGUGUGCUGGAGAUGAGAGACAGACAGGUCUACAGACAGACAUGCCUCGACCACCUCACCCAAAGAGACAUGAAGUAAAUAAAAGAUUCUAUACAUAUCUCCCCCGAAAACAACAGUCCGAUGGAGAGCAGGGUACCGACAGCAAACCUUGGAUUCAUACAGGGCGGUUUUCAUGUGACAUCCACAGAAGUUCGUUUAAAAGCCGGACCAUUGUAGAUGUUCUUUACUGAAUGUGCACAGUCCUCUCAACAUCCCAACAUUUCUGUCAGUGAAUUUCUUCUCCUUUCAAACUGCGUUCUUAUUAACUUGGAGCUCCAAACCCCUGGAGGAAAGGGCUGGUGUGAAGCUUCUCGGUUAGAAUGUUUUUUAACGCCCGUUUACUUUUUACUUAUCUUUUCAUCUUGAAUGUCAAAAAUCAAGUUCAAAGCCACUUCUUUCUUCACUAGCAUUGAUUUAUGUUUUGUAUGUUACUGAUUAUUAAAAAGAAGUUAUGAAAUGAGAAUAUCCACCAUAUUCCUAGACUCAGAAUUUUCAUGGUUCUUCAAGAAACUUUGGGAAUCUACAUAUGAAUGUCAAUACAAAUGAUACAUUGGCUUGAAUUAUGGACGUUUACAAAAAAAAAUGCAUUUACAGAGAAUGACCUGAAUUAUUAUAGCAUCUUACUAUUUCAUAGCAAACUAGUUAGAUGAACUGUCAAAUUAUGUUUUGUAUAACAACAAAAUACUCCUCAAUCACCUUCAGUAGAUAGUCUACCUAAUGAGUCUACCUGGAGCAGCAUCUUAUGUUGGUUCUGAAAACACAUUUCUGUCAAACAAACAUAGUCCUGACAUUUUUGUACCCCUAAAAUCACAGGCAAAUGACAAGUUGAUAGGGAUGUGAUUGAAGCCUCAACUCCAAACCAAAUCCUGACCAUGACCCUAAAAUCUGAUUGGCUGAUUUUAAUGUUGUUCCUGGACCAACACGAAUGGACUAACAUUUACUUCAUGGUAGUUAGCUUGUAAAAACAUGUCAAAUACAGGAGCGAGUAAACACAAACAGGGACUCAAAAGCUUAGUCAUUAAUGGGUUUGUUUUUGCUGGACUUCAGACUCACUGGGUUUUCUGCAUUAUAGAUGUCCAGUUAGAUGGUUCUGGAAUACACAAACCUCUAGAAUAGAUCUCAGAGCUUUUAAAUGGAAUUUGGUGCAGUGGAGAUUUUCAGAUCUGUACUGUCAAAUCUCUGCCAAGUGUCUAAAGCAGAUCGUGUUUAAUUAAAAUAGCUGCACUAUUGAUAAUGUUGCUGUCACGCAGGAAUCAGUUCUCAGAUAUCCUAAUACCUUUUAAAAUCUGCAGGCAAACAUCAGAUGACAUACAGUGCA